AGGACGCUGGCGAGAGGAUGGACGGCUUAGUCGCUGCCUGCUCCGCGCGGCUGCUGCAGCAGGAGAAAGAGAUUAAGUUUCUGACUGCUGAAAUUGAUCGGUUGAAAAAUUGUAGCUGUUCAGAAGCUUCUUCAAAUUUGGAGCGAUUGCGGGAGGAAAAUUUAAAAUUAAAGUAUCGGCUGAAUAUCCUUCAAAAAAGUCUUCAAGCAGAAAGGAACAAACCAAGUAAAAAUAUGAUUAACAUCAUUAGUGGCCUACAAGAGGUCUUUGGUUGUGCCAUUAAAGCUGCGUAUCCAGAUUUGGAAAACCCUCCGCUGAUAGUGACACCAAGUCAACAGCCCAAGUUCGGGGACUAUCAGUGUAACAGUGCUAUGGGCAUUUCUCAGAUGCUCAAAACAAAGGAACAGAAAGUUAACCCAAGAGAAAUUGCUGAAAACAUUACCAAAAAUCUUCCAGACAAUGAAUAUAUUGAAAAAGUUGAAAUUGCUGGUCCCGGUUUCAUUAAUAUUCACUUAAAGAAAAGCUUUGUAUCACAACAGCUGACCAAUCUCUUGGUGAAUGGUGUUCAACUACCUGCCAUCGGAGCAAACAAAAAGGUUAUAGUAGACUUUUCCUCUCCCAACAUAGCUAAAGAGAUGCACGUAGGCCAUCUCAGGUCAACGAUCAUAGGAGAGAGCAUGAGCCGCCUCUUUGAGUUUGCAGGAUAUGACGUGCUGCGGAUAAACCAUGUAGGAGAUUGGGGGACCCAGUUUGGCAUGCUCAUUGCUCACCUGCAAGAUAAGUUUCCGGAUUACCUGAGAGUCUCACCUCCUAUUGGGGAUCUCCAGGCUUUUUAUAAGGAAUCCAAGAAGAGAUUUGAUACUGAGGAGGAAUUUAAGAAGCGAGCGUAUCAAUGUGUAGUAUUGCUCCAGAGUAAAAAUCCAGACAUCUUAAAAGCUUGGAAGCUUAUCUGUGAUGUCUCCCGCCAAGAGUUCAGUAAAAUCUAUGAGGCAUUGGACAUCUCUUUAAUAGAGAGAGGGGAAUCCUUCUAUCAAGAUAGAAUGAAUGAUAUUGUAAAGGAAUUUGAAGAUAGAGGAUUUGUACAAGUGGAUGAUGGCAGAAAGAUUGUGUUUGUUCCAGGAUGUCCUGUACCAUUAACCAUAGUAAAAUCAGAUGGAGGGUAUACCUAUGAUACAUCUGACCUGGCUACUAUAAAGCAAAGACUGUUUGAGGAAAAAGCAGAUAUGAUCAUCUAUGUGGUAGACAGUGGACAAUCUUUGCACUUCCAGGCAGUAUUUGGUGCUGCUCAAAUGAUGGGUUGGUAUGACCCUGAAGUAACUCGAGUGUCUCAUGCUGGAUUUGGUGUGGUGCUGGGGGAAGACAAGAAGAAGUUUAAAACACGAUCAGGUGAAACAGUACGCCUCAUAGACCUUCUGGAAGAAGGACUAAAACGCUCCAUGGACAAAUUGAAGGAAAAGGAAAGAGACAAGGUCUUAACCGCAGAGGAAUUGAAGGCUGCUCAGACGUCUGUUGCUUACGGCUGUAUCAAAUAUGCUGAUCUUUCCCAUAACCGCCUGAAUGACUAUAUCUUCUCCUUUGACAAAAUGCUGGAUGAUAGAGGAAAUACAGCUGCUUACUUGUUGUAUGCCUUCACUAGAAUCAGAUCUAUUGCCCGUCUCGCCAAUAUUGAUGAAGAGAUGCUCCAGAAAGCUGCUCGAGAGACCAAGAUCAUUUUGGACCAUGAGAAGGAAUGGAAACUAGGCCGGUGCAUCUUACGGUUCCCUGAGGUUCUGCAGAAGAUUUUAGAUGACUUAUUUCUGCACACUCUCUGUGAUUAUAUCUAUGAGCUGGCAACUACUUUCACAGAAUUCUACGAUAGCUGCUAUUGUGUGGAAAAAGAUCGACAGACUGGAGAAGUACUGAAGGUGAACAUGUGGCGUUUGCUGCUGUGCAAAGCAGUAGCUGCUGUCAUGGCCAAGGGGUUUGAUAUCCUGGGAAUAAAGCCUGUCCAAAGAAUGUAAUCCUCCUUAGGUUCAAACACUGUGUGUUUUUACCAAAGUGGCCAUUGGCAUUGUUUGCUUUUUUACAAUCAUGUGGAUAUAAAAACAAGUAAAAGAAA